ACAAGGUAUAUAAAUAUCUGAUCGAUGACCUCAAGGGGAGUAGUACCGAAAUGACUGCCUGCAAUGCCACAAAGUUUUUGUGUGGUCGUGCAACCAUGCAACAAAGCAGAAGCAGAUAGCCUUUUCCCCAAUUCACAACAUCUCCGACUGACAAGCCAAAGGAAACCGCUUUCAGCAUUUUGAUGAUUCCCCCCUUUUAUACUCAUGCUUUACUUCCCUUAUAAGGAGAGUCAAUGUAUGAAAAAUUUGCAGUUGAAUGGAGAGAGAGAGAGAGCAAGGAAUUGGUUCAGUGAAAGCAGCGAUUAGCCUCCAUGGCCAGAAGUUCAAUGGAGUAGACAAGGUAAUGAGUACGUUAUCGAUAUCGCAGGACGAUUUUCUGACUAAAUCUGGAGAAUUACUGAAAGGCAAAUUAAACAUGGACAGGCUAAAGGAAACCAAGAAAUCCGCAGAAAAAGAGAAGGAUCAAGCAGAGAUAGAACUCUUGAAGGCAAAGGGCACAGCAAGAGAACUUUAUUUCGGCGUUGAGAAGUUGACAAACGCCGAAGCAAGAAACAGAAAUAAAGACGAACAGAAAAACUCUGAAUUGGUACGAGAAUUGAGUGCCAUGAAGCAAAAGCUUAGUAAGUUGAAGUUUGAUAUGGACACUGCUGUGGGAUCAAAACUUAAAGCUGAGAAGCUGAUUGAGUCCUCAAAUUCUAGAGUGAAAUCCUACACAAUCUCUGCAGAAGAGUUAAGGGGAGAGGUAGAGGAACUGAAUGAAGAGCAUGUGCUUGUUGAGCUCGCGAGGAUUGAAGCAGAAAGAGAGUGCAGAGAACUAGAAGCUCAGAGAAAAGAUCAGGCUGCUCGAUUCUCUAAAAAAAUAAAAGCAAAUAAAGAGAAGAUAAGCUCAAAGCAGAAAGAAAUAGACGAGGCUAAAGUUCUGGAGACAAAGCUUGCAGUUACCAAUUCAGAUUUAAACGUGUUACAAAAUGAAAUGGAGCAGGUGAGAGCAAUGGAGAGAAAUUUUCAGAAGGAAAACCUCGUGAAAGAGUCUGAAGCAGAAUCUGAGCUCAGAUCAGCCAAGAACAACUUAUCAAGUAUUGAAGAAGAAGGGUUCCGGUAUAUGAGCUCAAUGGAUGUUAUCAGAAAAGAAUUGAUGCUUAUUGUGAAGGAAACCAAGCAGUUAAAGAAACAAGAAAGAAAAGCAGAUUCGAGCAUUCAGCAGCUCAAUUCGAGGCUUAUGAAUGCUAAGUCGAAGCUAGAAUCUGCAUCAAUGGCCGAAGAGAGAUCUAGAGCUAUAGUCUCAAACCUGUCAGAGGCCCUCCACAAACUACGAGCAGAAAUUGAGAAAGCAAAGAGAGAUAGAGAAAAUAUCACUGAAGAAACAACAAGAACUAAACAAAACAUCGAGCUUAGUCAGGAAAAAAUCUUAUCAACAGAGAAAAAAGUACUAACUGCGAUGACGGAGCUUGAAGGGAGUAAAGAAUCAGAAGCAACUGCGCUCAAGGAAUUGAGAGUUGUUGCAGAAAGAACAAUGAGAAACAGAGUUUUCUCAUUUGGGCAACACUCUACCAUUACAAUCUCUAAAAGUGAGUAUGAAUACUUGAUCAAAAGUGCAGAAGUGGCCCAAACGGUUGCAGAUAAGAAAGUAGAAGCAGCGCAGGCUUGGAUUGAAGCACUGAAAGCAGAGGAAAAAGAGAUGGUUUCAAGAACUGAACUGGUAGAAAAAGAACUCAAAGAGAUUAAAAUCUCAGAAGAAACCGAGUUGUGCGAAAUUCAACCUGCAACACCAAAAAGAUCGAUGAGAGAGAACAGAAUGUCGAUUGGAUCAGUGAGAAAGACAAUGAUGAGGAGGUCGUCAGUGUCGAUGGGAGUCGCUAGACAAAGUUCUCGAUCUCCAUCCUUUUCAAUCAAGAGGAGGGCAGUGAUGCCUAAUUUAGUUAAGUUUCUUAGAAAAGGCAGAAAUCAGAAGUGAAAUUGUAGAAGAAAGAAUUUUCCGCAUCCGAUGCAGCAUCAAGUGUGUAGAUAUUAGAUGUAUCACUGUUGAUAUAUAAGAACGACAUUCGUGUUUUUGGAGCAA